UUUCUCGUUAGCUCGAAUGGAAAUGUCCGUCUCUGUCUGAUUUUUUAUUUGUUGUCUGAGUGAAUGAGGGCUGCUCAUCAGGAAGUAUUCUGCGUCUGAAACUUUAAAAAUGACUGUUAAACAUUUCAGGCCGAGCUCGUCCUGUUGUGCUCCUCGCGACAAAGAACAGGCCAAAGCAUCCAGUGCACGCGCGACUUGUAGCGGAUUUACAAUGAGAAUAAUUGAUCCGAGGGCCCCUGUGUGUGUGAAUAGGUUAACUACAGAAGAUGGACGGAGACAGUUCGACCACCGACGCCUCUCAGCUGGGCAUCACCGGAGAGUAUGGCCAUUAUGUCCUCCAGUCUCAGGAUGAUGAUGCAGAUGAGAGCCUGAAUGAUCAUGAAGAUGGUGGUGUCAAAGAGAACUACAGGGAGCAGGAUAUCUAUCUGCCUAUUGCCAAUGUAGCUCGCAUCAUGAAGAAUGCUGUCCCACAGACUGGAAAGAUUGCGAAAGAUGCAAAGGAGUGCGUACAGGAGUGUGUGAGUGAGUUCAUUAGCUUCAUCACGUCAGAAGCCAGCGAGCGCUGCCACCAGGAGAAGAGGAAGACCAUCAACGGUGAGGACAUCCUGUUCGCCAUGUCCACACUGGGCUUCGACAUGUAUGUGGAGCCACUGAAGCUUUACCUGCAGAAGUUCAGAGAGGCAAUGAAGGGGGAGAAGGGGAUACCUGGGGUGGCAGUAGGAGAAAGCCUCGGAGAUGAGCUCACAGACGAUAGCUUCACAAAUCCACUUCCAGCGGGGAUAAUCACAGCAGAUGGACAGUCCCAGAACGUCAUGGUAUACACCACCUCAUAUCAACAGAUUCCUACCGUACAGCAGAUCCAGUUUUCAUGACGAGGCCUUACGCUGAGCCUGAACACAGCGGCUACACAUUGGGCCCACGCUCGCCGGAUGACCUCUGACCCUACCACAGGAAAAAGGGGUAGAUGGAUGGAUAGGGAGGGAGGGGGUGGUGUCUGCAUAGACCCUCGUGUACAGAGGAAUCACUACCUGUUCAGUAGAAAGUGUAGUUUCUAGUUGUGAGGUACCAAAUGUUUUGGUGGACAUCCAAACCAGCUGGGAAAUUUGAGGCUUUAUUUUAAAGGCUAGUCUUAUUGCAUAAUUUAGUGGUCAAAAUCUUUCUUGUGCGUGUUAAUAUGUUUGCUUUUAUGCAUUUUAUGUUUAUUUUGGGGUAGAGGGUGGGGUGGGUCAGGGGAAGUGUUGUGUUGAAAUGUUAUUUUUGAACGUCUUCUCUGUUGGAACCGAGAGAAGUGUCACCAUAGAUCAUGCAGCUCUUUUGUAACUUCACACAAUUUACCAUGUGCUUUAAUAUUAUCUUGACCCUUUGAAUAAAAACUCAAAAUGAUGUUGGAA